AUGGCUUUAUCACGUGAAGAUUCCGUUUAUUUGGCCAAAUUGGCCGAGCAGGCUGAGAGAUAUGAGGAGAUGGUUGAGAAUAUGAAGACCGUUGCUUCUUCUGGUCAAGAGUUAUCUGUUGAGGAAAGAAACCUUUUGUCAGUUGCAUACAAGAAUGUGAUUGGUGCCAGAAGAGCUUCAUGGAGAAUUGUUUCUUCUAUUGAGCAAAAGGAGGAGGCUAAAGGUAACGAACAUCAGGUGAAGCUUAUAAGGGAUUACAGAUCAAAAAUUGAAACUGAAUUGACUAAUAUUUGCGACGAUAUUUUGAAUGUGUUAAAGGAGCAUUUAAUUCCAACCGCACAAUCUGGGGAAUCAAAGGUGUUUUACUAUAAGAUGAAGGGUGACUAUCACAGAUAUCUGGCUGAGUUUGCGACCGGUGAGAAGAGGAAGGAGGCUGCUGAUGCUUCAUUGGAGGCUUACAAAUGUGCUUCUGAGGUUGCAGUCACCGAAUUACCACCAACGCAUCCAAUUAGAUUGGGACUAGCCUUGAACUUUUCCGUCUUUUACUACGAGAUCAUGAACUCUCCUGAUAGAGCUUGUCAUUUGGCUAAGCAGGCAUUUGAUGAUGCUAUAGCAGAACUUGAUACGUUGUCCGAGGAAUCGUAUAAGGAUUCCACGUUGAUUAUGCAGCUCUUAAGAGAUAACUUGACAUUGUGGACUUCGGACAUGUCAGAAGCUGGUCAGGAUGAGUCUAAUGGUGAAAAGACUGCUGAGAAAGCAGAUGCAGCUCAGCAGCCAGUUGCCGAGGCUCAGAAGCCAGUUGCCGGUGAUGCUCCAGCUGCUCCAGCCCAGCAGAAUUAA